GCAGCGCGGGCGACACACUCCACCAGGGACGCGACAACUUUGGGCCCUCAUGGGGGCCAGAGCAGCCUGCCCCAAAGCGCCCACGGGUUGAGGGCCUCGACUCGUCAGGCAAGCAGCAGCAACAGCAGCAGCACGAGCAGCAACAGCUUCGACCAUGGCAGCGGCAGCCCUUGCUGCAGGAGCAGGCAGCCCCAAGCAUGCGGCAUCAGGCAGACGAGGGCCGGCAAAAACGCGACGCGCAUGAGCAGCGGGAGCUUGGGCACCAGUCACGGCAGCAGCAGCUUGAGCAGGCCAAAGGUGACGGCCAUCGUCGGCGGUCUCCAACCAAGCGGCAGCACGAGGGCUCGACGGCACCUCCACCGCUGACGCCGACCCCGCUGCCGCCACCACAGCAGCAGCAACAGCAGCAGCAGCAGCAGCAGCAGCAGCAGCAGCCUGGAGGCGGCUGGCAAUGCGGGGAAGAGGGCCAGCAGCGGCGCAGUGGCAGCGGCAUUGGAGAAGGCGGAAGCGGUGCGAGGGAGCAGCCUGCUGGGGGCGAGCGUGCGGCCUCAACGGCGCGCGGUGCUGAGCAGCCCUCCAGAGACGGGCCAAUCGCAGGUGCCGGCGCCGGCGCCGGCCGGCCGGCCAGCCACGGCGGCGGCCGGGGCGAGCCGUCAGCGUCGGACCCAGAUCAGUCGGGCGGCAGCGGCGACGGCAGUGAGGAGGGCGAGGAGCAUGACGACUCGGAGCAGGAGCAGGAGUGGAGCAUGCCCGACCAGUUUGUCGCCCUGCCGCCCGGCUUCGAGCGGCAGCAGCCCGCAUCCCUCAACCUGCGGAAGCUCAGCCACGCGCAGCUGCUGGCGGCGGCGGCGCGGCACGCCGCACGGCACAUGCCGGUAGCGGCGGGGGACCCCUCUGAGGCGACGCUGGCCGGGGUGGUGGAGCGGGCGCGGCUGCGGCCCGGGGUGAAGCCGGCGGUCGCGUUCACCCUGGGGGGCGGGCCGAAGGGCACCAUCUACAGCAAGGCAUGGGGCAGCAUCGGGCGCAGCAUGCGGCAGGCGGUACAGGUGGGUCGGCGCGCUGGCGCGUGGCCAAAGGUCACGGGGUGCGGCCGGCGGGGGCGCGGGGGCGGAGGCGGAAGCGGGCGGCACAUCAGCUGCUCGCUCGGGCGCGCAAGGGGCAUGUAG